AUGGAGGCUGAAGGGCCGCCCCAGGCCAGCGGCUGCUGUCCUGUGGGCCUGGGGAAGCUCCUGCCAGGCCUCUGCUUCCUUGGCUGCCUGGUGACCUACGCGUUGCUGGGUGCCGCACUCUUCUCAGUGAUUGAGGGCCGCCAGGUCCAGAGGGCAGAAGAUAACCCCGAGUUCCAGAAGUUCCUGAGUGAGCUGUGCAGAAUCCUGAACUAUACCACGACAGUUGUGGAAGAUGAAAAACUGGAAGUGCUGAAACUUCUACAGAAGGUGAAGCCCGAGUGGUGGCCCCAGACGGCAGAAGACUGGAACUUCCUUGGCGCACUCUUUUUCUGCUGCACGGUGUUGAGCACGGUGGGCUAUGGCCACAUGUUUCCUGUCACAAGGCUUGGCAGGUACCUGUGCAUGCUGUACGCCCUCUUUGGAAUCCCGCUGAUGUUCUUGGUCCUUACAGACAUAGGUGACAUCCUGGCAAGUGUUUUAUCCAAAUCUUACAAUGGGCUACGGACAGUCCCUUUCUUCCACUGUUCCCCCUUCAAGUGGUGCUCCCUACUGCACCGCAGAAGAAAGUCUGACUCCCACCCUGUGGAUGAAGCCAUCCCGCAGAUCAUUGUUAAUGAUGGAGAGCUCCCUGGCCCUAAUUCUGGCAAGCGUCCUCCAGCCCCAGGCUCCAACGCAGAGCUGUUUGAGAGAUUUGUCACCAGACAGCAAGAGAACUUGCUCCAACUGCCCCCACGUACCAUGGAGAAGAGCAGCUCGUGUCCUGAGCUGAGGCUGGGAAGACUCUCUUGCUCCAUCAUCAGCAACCUGGAUGAGGUGGGACAGGAAGUGGAGAGGCUGGACAUCCCCCUCCCCGUCAUCGCCCUUGUGAUCUUUGCCUACAUUUCCUGUGCAGCUGCCAUCUUGCCCUGCUGGGAGACUGAGAUGAACUUUGAGGAGGCCUUCUAUUUCUGUUUUGUCACACUGACCACCAUCGGCUUUGGGGAUAUUAAGUUAAAUCACCCUCACUUCUUCUUGUUCUUCUCCAUUUAUAUCAUCAUUGGGAUGGAGAUCGUGUGUAUUGCUUUCAAGUUGAUGCAAAAUAGGAUCAUUGAAAUCUACAUAAAUCUCAUGCUGUUCUUUGCCAAAAGGAAGUUUUACCACCUUGUUAAAAAGUGA